AUGUUAUUGCCAGCUUGUAGAGAUCCUUCAGGUGCUGACAAGGUGAUGGGAGAACGUCGCCACAGUCUCAUCCUCCUUACAGCUCCAUUUCCAUGCUAUUUUGAACUCUCUAUUGGUGCGAGAGGUCCCGGGUUCGAUUCCCGGAGAAGCCCUUGA